AUGGCUGCCUCGACGUUAAAGAACGUUAUCGUGGUGGGCGGAUCGUACGUUGGACGAGGAGCUGCAGAAGAAUUGGCACGGGUAGUACCCAGCACGCACCGGGUGUUGUUGAUCGAACCGCACAGCCAUUUCCACCACCUCUUCGCCUUUCCCCGCUUUGCCGUUCUCCCUGGCCACGAGCACAAAGCGUUCAUUCCCUAUACCCGCCUCUUUGUCUCCUCCCCCAACUCAACCCAACACGCAGUCGUGCAGGCCCGCGUUCUCUCCGUCCAACCACAGCACAUCAACCUCGACCGCGCCUGGCAGGGACAGAACCAGAUUCCCUUCGAGUAUCUAGUCGUCGCGACGGGCACCCGUCUCGCCGAACCAGCCGCCAUGCGCGACGAGGAUAAAGGGUCCUCCGUGCAGUACCUACAGAAGCACCAAGCGGACGUAAAGAACGCCAAAUCCGUUGUCAUCGUCGGUGGUGGUGCGGUGGGCGUGCAGAUGGCGACGGACAUGAAGGAGUUGUAUCCGGAGAAGGAAAUCACCGUGGUGCAAUCACGGGACCAGCUCAUGCCUCAAUUCCACCGGGGCCUCCAUGAGAUCGUGAAGAAGCGCUUCGACGAGCUCGGCAUCAAAACGAUCACCGGCGCGCGCAUCGUCGUCCCCGCCGCAGGCUUCCCCAACAACGGCGCCCCCUUCACCGUCCAACUCAACAACGGCACCGAACUCACCACGGACUUCGUCAUCCUGGCCACGGGCCAGAAGCCCAACAACGACCUGAUCCGUUCCCUGCCGGCCUCCUCACCGGACUCGCUGAUCAACCCAGCCAACGGCUUCAUCCGCAUCCGGCCGACCAUGCAGUUCCAGGACCCGCAAUACCCCCACUUGUUUGCUGUCGGCGAUAUCGCCGACACGGGGCUGCGUAAGGCUGCCCGCCCCGGUGGCGGGCAGGCUGCGGCCGUGGCCCGCAACAUCCAGGCGAUGAUCGAGGGGCAGAAGCCCGAGGCCGUGUUCCCGCCGUUCCCGAUGGCGAUUCAUAUCACGCUUGGCUUGAAAUAUAACAUUGUGUUCCGCAACCCGAAUCCCGCGGAGGGCAAGACAGAACCUGAAGUGAAGGAAUCCUGGGAUUCGCAGGAAGAUAUGGGCGUGGAUCGAUGGUGGAACCGCCUGGGCUUCCAGGAGAGCGUGCCAUCGCAGUACCACUUGUGA